GCCUUCGUCUCAGUCGUCGACAGGACAUCGAGCAGUGCAAGUCGACUGGUCGCACGUGGAUGUGGCAAAUGUUGUUGGUGUAGCCCCGUGUUGCCGUUGCCUUUGCCGUUGCAUUGACAGUGAGUGAAGUAGAGAGCCGUUUUGAAUGUUGUAAAGUUUCGAUUUGUUGUCGUUGCCGUUGCCGUUGCCGUUGCCGCUGUCGUUGCUUCUGGCUGUAUCCCCGUGUCCUUGUCCUUGCGCCGCGUGUGUUAUCCUUAGCCUUGCUCACGGUCAGGUACCACAACCCCACAGCGCAUCGCCUGCCUUCACCAGCUCAUUCGGCAGCCAUUCACGAGUGCACUCAGGUCGCAUUCCUUUCCCAGCCUCCGCCAUUUGAAUGCAAAAGUUCAGGCCAUUCCGAGAGCUAAAAGAUACCCUCCCCCCCCCCCGAAGAUAUUUGGAAUCCGUGCAUUAGCAUUAACGUAAACUGCCUGGGAUCGACAUCGACACACACAAGAGCCGGAAGCGGGCUGCAUGCCACACCACUGCCAUAUGUCAUAAUUCAACCACAAACCUGCUGCCUUAGCUGCUCCACUUGACCACUCUCAGCUCUGGGGCAGAGCGGAUGCCGCUGCAAUAUGCAUUUAUCCGCCCAGUAAAAGUGUGAGUGCAAGGCAGACAUGAGCGAACGCGGAGGAGGAGGCGUAGGCACCGUAACCGGUGGACGUCAUGCCCGGGUCAGUCCCACGCCCGGACGUGGCAGCAAGAUUGCGUACACGCCAUGUCCGCGCUCCGAGCCGCCACAGGAUCUGGCACUGUCGGUGCCGGCCCCAUCGCGCAAUUGCCUGGCCAUACCCAUGUCAUCGCUGCAGACGGCCAAUGGACCGAGCAACAAAGAACGAUGUAGCGCAUUCUCAGGCAUACCAAGUACCCCGAUAUCGAGCACAGCCACGUCAUUCGCCCUGCCCGGCAACCUGCCCUAUGAGUUGGACGCCCCACAGCCGCUGGUCGACCGCCGGCCGUCCUUUUCCCUGAUGCGGUGGAAUAGCAGUAGCAGCGGACCGGGUACUGUCAGCAGCAGUGCGAAUAACAGUAUGCUACGCCUGCAGCAGCAACAUCAGCAGCAGCAGCAGCAGCAGCAUCACUUGGCAACAGCAACAACAACCUUGGGAUAUGGUGAUGCAACAGUGGCCAAUGCAACAACCACGUUGCUAACGGCCGCGGCUGCAGCCACGCGGCAAGUGAACUUUGGUGGUGGUGGCCACACUGGAGUCACGCGAGCCGAGCCGAUCUCACUGGCCACCUUGGAUCGGGACUGCUUCAUCAUUCCCGUGCAUAGCGUGGAUCGCUUCCUGCCAGCCGGUAUACCGCUGCCCGCUCUGAGUGCCGAUGGCAAGACGGCCAGUCCGCUGAGCGUUCUUGAAGUCUCCGAUCCGAAAUUAUGCAUCCUGGUGCAUUUGAUGAGUCCGCUGGAGGCCAUCGAUCCCGUCAUGGAGUCACCCUUGGCGCACCCGCUGCUCAAGCAGCGUUCAAUUGCCUCCGAGCUGGUGACGGAGGUGCAGCAGGCCAACACGGCCGUGGGCGGCAUGCUUCUGGCCAACAUGGAGAAGAACUCCGAAUUCCCAUUCAUCUCGUACUAUCUCAUCAAUACGCUGCAAACGGAUCCUUCCAAUUUCUAUGCCAGCCUACGCGUCUCAUCGCUGUCUAAGUUUGAGCCAAAGGCCCUCAAAUACACUGCCGCCCACACUCUUGAUCUUUACAGCGAGGUGGCGUCCAUUUGCCGGCCGCCGCUGGUCCUGCCAUCGAACGAGGCCGGGAGCUUUAAGAAGUCGCAGACCGCGGCCACCGGCUACAUUAUUACUGUGUUCAAGGUGUUCGAGGGCGACGAUGGGGAAAGGUUUGAAAAGAAUUGGCUCUACUGGACAGGCGCCCGGAUGCUGUACAGAUACUUGCCACGUGCGGCGGGGCUGCGGCGCAUUGCCCUGCACAAGAGCACCUCGCAGAAGGGCGACAAGAUGUACCUCCUGGUGUGUGAGUGUGCGGACUUGCUCAAGGACAUCUCCCUGGCCGCCUUCCUCAUCCCGGCCAUGCGGGCCAGGCUGUGCGGCUACACGGGACUCUAUCGACCAAUACAGGCCUUCUAGAUGGCAUCGCCCAAUAUUUUUCUAUCAGCUAUAAAUACAUAGUUUAACUCGACUAAAACUAAAAAUGAAACAAUGAAACACUGCAUUACCAAUGCGAUGGACUCUGCACCUGUUACGUGAUUCUGAUUCGAUAUUUACUAGGCCUAAACAAAUUUUAAAACUCUCUCAACUCAGAAACGGAUCAGCAUCUGCCAAUGAACACUCGAUAGGCUCAUAUCAUAAGUAGGAGACACUAUACUCAAGGUAACUCAUAUCGUAUUUUAGAUUUUGCUAUCAAACGUCGUCUAGGGAGACAGACCCAAUAAAUAGGACCAUAUCUAGUGAGAGUUGCUAGCGAAGAACUUCCAUUUUAGCCACAAUAAAUUAGCGAAUCAAUCAGAACUACUAUAUGUAUAUGAAUUCGAACUUAACUUAGAUAUAUCAAGAGUUUAAAACAACUUCGUAUGUACUUAUUAUGUAGUAUAAACAAAACACAGAAAACAACAAAUAUAAACGCUGAAUUUUUCGCGCUGAAAAGUAGGCUAACAAAACCGCAAACCAAGAGUCAAUUCUUAGCAUAAAACCUAGAAAUUUUCGUCACACUGUCGAUGGGGGGGGGAAGGUUGCAGAUCAGAAAAGCCGCAAUAGGGUCGGGGGAAAACUUUGCACAAAUCUAACAGAAAUCUGCCAAAAAUAAGCAAGAAAAAAAAAACAAAACAAAAACCAAAAUCUACUCCGUUUCGAGGUUCAA